CUAUAAUUCAUUAGACAGAGGACAUGGAGGUAGAUGUGUGGCCGCAAAGAUUUACCUGCUCUGGACGUUUCACAUACGUGGCAUCAGACAAUAUGUGGUCUUUUGUGACCAGCUCCUCUCCCUCGGCAUAUCCUCAAGGCCACAGAGCCAAGGACCACCAGCCUCCAGCCCAAGGGAGCCUGGCAGCCCCAGAGGCCAAUGCUGAAGCCAUCCACUUCCUCAGCAACCUCCAACAGGAGGAGCUGCAGAUGUUGAUGUUCUCCGAGACGCUGGCCAUGGUCUCGGACACGGGGGAGCCCGAGGGAGAGCUGACCAUUGAGGUCCAGAGAGGAAAAUACAAAGACGAGCUGGGCAUGAUGUCCUCGUGCGUCCUGGUGCACGCCUUCAGCCGCGGCUUCAUGGACAGAAUGCUCUGCGGGAACUCCCUCCUGGGUUACCUCUCGUGGAAACUGCAUAUCAUGGAGCAACAUAGUCAGGAGUUCAUCAAGUUUCACAUCCUCCCCAUGGAGCACAAGAUGAGUUUGGUGAAGCAGGAUGACCAGCUGACCAUGACCAGGAGCGUCAAGGAGGGUGAGGAAAUGAAGACGGAAGUGACUUUUUUCCCGGGGAGCUCAACCGUAGGCUUCAUCUCCCAGGCUGCCAACCUGGUGUUGCUGAGGGUGAUGGCCUGGCGGCAGACGGUGCCCAACAAUGCCCGCUUCCUGGCCUUGGACACGGAGGGCAAACUGUGCUACUCCACUUACCAAGCCCUGGGCUUCCAGACCAUUGAAGUGGACCGCCAGCAGGUGCGAGUGUUCAUCGUGGAGCAGACCGUCCACUCGGUGAAAGGCGUCCCCAGCUCCUGCCAGUUUUACCUGCUCUCGGACGGGCACUUGGCCAAGAGAAUCCAGGUGGGUUCCCCCGGCUACUGCAUGAUCCCCAAGAUGCCUGUCUUGAGGGAGAAGGAGGAGAUUGAGCCCCGCCCCGUAUUUGAGAAGAAGCCCCUGGUGUGGGAGGAGGAUCUGGAGCUCUCCUCGAGGUUCCUGGACCGGAAGGAGGAGCUCCGCGUCAGGCACGCCGGCUACCUGCGGCAACACCCCGAGGCCCGGGCGCUGGUCGCCGACUUCCUGCUCUUCCUGCUGCUGCGCCAGCCCCGCGACGUGGUCGCCUUCGCCGCCGAGCACUUCGGGCCCUUCGCGAGCCGCCGCCCGCCGCCGCCCGCCCUGCGCUCCUCCACGCGGCGCAGCCCCUUCCGCUCGCCGAGCCCGGGGCGCCCCCCCGCCUAG